AACAAUUCUUUUAUCCUUGUUGUUGUUGUUGUUGUUGUUGCUGUGCGUGUUUGUUGACCAACGAUUCGACGCAUCUGACGCACACGUCUGCAGACGAUUAAUUGAAUUUUGAAUAAGUGUCAAGAUGAUUCGUGAAGCCGGCUCUUCAUCGAUGCCUCCAAACCCAAAGAGUGUACAAUUAAUCCCUGUCCCAGAACCUAUUGGCUUUGAUGAAUGCGGGAUUUACAACAUUCAGAAGUCUGACAACUGUUCCAUCGCACUAUCCCUUGAAAAACUGGGUAUCCACAAGAGGUACAGCCCAGCUCACCCCUCAUAUAUCACAUUAGAGGCCCGAUUGGAAUCCUUCGAAAGCUGGCCAAGUGCAUUAAAAUUGAGGCCGCAGGAGCUCGCCGAUGCUGGUUUCUUUUACACCGGACUUGGAGACAAGACAAUUUGUUUCCAGUGUGGAGGAGGGCUGAAGGACUGGGCCGAGACUGAUGAACCUUGGAGGGAACAUGCGCUGUAUUUCUCCAACUGUGGAUAUUUACUGCAAACCAAGGGCAGAGAAUUCGUUGCAGAGGUUCUAGGGAAAAGGCCUGCAACGCUUACUCCUGAGGAAAUCAAAGCUCUGGCUAUACCUAAGGAUUUUUCAAAUGUAGUUAAACAGUGCCCUCAGUCAGCAAGUUCUAGCACUUCUGAGGAAGUUUCCUCCUUAGAAGCCAACUGUUCGAGUGUUGAAGAGAAUGAGAGCAGCUUGACCACUCCUAGUAUCGCAGUACCUUCCAAGUCAUCUGUUACCAAACAGGUGGAUGAUGCAAGGGCAUGUAAAAUAUGCCUUACUGAAGAAAUUGGAGUGGUUUUUCUUCCCUGUGGACAUUUAGUGUCCUGUGUGAGGUGUGCCGCGUCGCUCACCACGUGUGCGGUGUGCCGUGAGCCCGUUGUGGCAACGGUCAGAGCUUACUUGUCUUAAUACCUAUAGUUGCUUUUAAUCAAAAGAGAAAGGUUUCUAUAAUUUUAUUUUCAUUUAAAUUUAAUAAAUCUAAUUCAAGCAGGAAA